AUGACACUAACGUUUAACGUUACGUGCGGUCAGCAGUGUAAAAUAAUCGAGGACAAGACAUUUGGUUUGAAAAACAAAAAGGGAGCCAAGCAACAGAAGUUCAUCAAGACUGUCACGCACCAAGUGAAGUAUGGACAGCAAAAUGCCCGACAGAUUGCUGCCACCGAAGGUGAUAAGAAGAAGGUGGACAAGAAGAAGGAGCUGUCUGAGCUGAAUGAGCUUUUCAAACCAGUGGUUGCCACUCAGAAAGUCAGCAAAGGUGUGGACCCAAAGUCAGUGCUGUGCGCUUUCUUCAAGCAAGGGCAGUGCACCAAGGGAGACAAGUGCAAGUUCUCCCAUGACCUGACGCUGGAGAGGAAAUGCGAAAAGCGCAGCGUCUAUUUCGACGGCAGGGAUGAGGAAUUAGAAAAGGACACCAUGGAUAACUGGGACGAGAAGAAGCUGGAGGAAGUUGUGAACAAGAAGCACGGAGAGGCCGAUAAGAAGAAGGCGAAAACGCAGAUUGUUUGCAGAUAUUUCCUCGAUGCCAUUGAGAACAGCAAGUACGGCUGGUUUUGGGUCUGCCCUGGUGGAGGAGACAACUGCAUGUACCGCCACGCCCUCCCACCUGGGUUCGUGAUCAAGAAAGACAAGAAGAAGGAGGAAGAGAAGGAGGAAGAAAUCUCGCUGGAAGAGCUGAUAGAGAAUGAGCGAUCUGCCCUCGGACCAAACGUCACCCGAAUCACCCUGGAAACAUUCCUGGCCUGGAAGAAGAGGAAAAGGCAGGAGAAGGUGGCCAAAGCAGAGCAGGACAUGGAGAGGAAAAGAGCCGACUUCAAGGCCGGCAGGUCAUUAGGGGUCAGCGGUCGAGAAGUGUUCGAGUUCCGCCCUGAGCUGGUGGAUGAAGAUGAUGAAGAGGCCGAUGACACCGAAUGUGAAAAGAAUGGUGAAGAUGUUAUAGAGGAGGAGGUUGAAGAAGUCCCAGAGUUUCAGGACAUCGAUGUGGCCCGGUUUGUGCCGAAGGAAGUGGACAAUGCCGGAAUCACUGUGGCGUCAGCUGACCGGUUUACAGCUAAAUCUCAGCCAGCAAAGGAAACGGACGACAACAAACUGAGCGAGGCCUCGGGCGGGGCAGAGAACGGGGAGCACUGCGAGGGCGAGAGCCUGGACACUGGCGACGACGACGAUGACGACGGCAACGCGGAGGACGUGCCCGUAGACGAGAACCUCUUUACGGGAGAGGACCUGGACGAGCUGGAGGAAGAGCUCAACACACUGGACCUGGAGGACUAGGUUCAGGAUUAUGGGCAAUCCACCAUUUCCUGGACUACACAAGGCUUGAGACCAGUGACAGUUUUCACAGUGAACAUCUUCCUGUUGGAAUCUCACAGAACCACUUAAGUCCCUGGGCUUAAGGAGACAUAGAUAUGGCAAAUGUUCCUUUUUUCUUUUAAGCUCUCUGAUCCAGUUAAGGUUUCUUUAUCUUAUUCAAGUAAAUGGUUUUUACUACAGUCAGUCCCUGCGAGAUCACAGCUUCUGGGCUUGGACUCCUGUCCAAUUAGGCUUUGAUAUGGUUUGAAAUGACAUGGGAAAAUGUAUGUAAAAAUGUACAGGAACAGUCUUGAACUAUAUCAGUAUGGCUCAAGAUACUCAUUUAAAAUGACAUUUCCCAAGUUUUCGUAUCACAGAACUUGAUUUUAUUUGCCAAAACAACUUGCUGCAAUUCAUCACACAGGAGAACUUUAAAAGAGAAAAAAAAGCAUGUACAUUUAACAGCAGCCAAUUGUCAGAUGUGCUUUGGAAUUGAAUGAUCAAGAGAUUUUUCAUUUUUCAUAAUUUAUUUGGCUCUUUUUUUCUUUUUUUGCUGUCCCAAAUGGAUUAUUGUGUAUUGAUUGCAAAAGACUUUCCAGUAAUAAAAUUUGAAUUUACUCUGAAGUGGGAUGAAAAUGCAUGUCUGUCGGGACAAAAUCUGCAAAGAAAAACUGCGCGAUGGCGAUGUUCACUCUAGUUAAAGUGGAAAAGAAAGGAGUUGAAUUGCUGUUUAAAUCACUGUACUUCAGAGUGAGUAAAGAAGCUGAGAUGGGUUGCAUAAUAAUCACAUCGAGAGAAGCUUUCCGAUUAAAGAAGAACUCUGCUGCUCAGGACUGACGGUUCUACUGCUGACUGCAAGUUCAAGUUUGUAGAAGGCAAAAUAAAGAAAACAUACUGGCGGGUAAUUUAAAUGUGCAGUGCAUUUGUCCUUGUGUAUUUGAACUUACCUUUCACCAAUAUGCCAAGACACAUUGUAAUUAAAAAAUGUUCUCAUCCA